AUGGGAUUAAGGUACACUUCUUAUAUUGAGUCUCCAUUGGCCAGCGAUUUGAAUAAGUCCUUUAAGGGUUCUCGAAACAGUCAAACCGAUCUAUACCAAUACAAUGAAUACGGAACAAUAGGCAAUAGCCUAUACUCCGGUCCCAUAUUGCUCAGACAGCGUAGGAGGACGCUUUCGGGGUCAUCAGACUCUUCUUCUUCUUCACAAGAAAAGAUAUUUGUUACGUAUGGAUGCCGCCGGUGCAGAACUCAUCUGUCUUCUUCCUCUCAUGUCAUCUCCAAGGAUUAUAGAGGGAAAACUGGAACAGCGUACUUAAUGGAUGAAGUUUUAAAUGUUUUAGAAGGUAAUGUCGAGACAAGGCCAAUGCUAACAGGUGAUUAUGUGGUCUGUGACAUACUUUGUCACUGGUGUAAAAAUGUAGUUGGUUGGAAGUACUUGCAGAGCGAAAGGAAGGAUCAACGCUACAAGGAAGGGAAGUUCAUCCUUGAGGUUAAAACUAUUUGCAAAUGCGAUUAA